GCGACACAUAUCAAAUACGAUAAACAUUAACGUUUCUUAUCUGGCGUUUUCCUAAACAAUCAAUGCCAAUUUCCAUUCCGAUAUAUGCUGUUCGCUGUACAUUCGGCAAUUGGAAUCUAUAUCCGCAACGUGUGCGCAAAAAGUGCCGAAUUUCAGAGAACGUCCGCAGAAAUCUGCGUCUGCGAAAUCUGCAGCGCGCGUGAUGUGCAACGAUAUGCCGUUUAACUGUCCUCGAUAGGCACGGAGGUGCCGUAGAUUAUGGUCGAGUAUUAUCGGCGAUGCUUUUAUCAGGCGUUUCCUCGGUCGGGCACGUCGAUAAGAUAAAUUCGGUGAGCACGAAGCGUGUCUUUUGGCGUGAGAGCGUACGGCAGUAAGCGAGUAAACGCAAAAUCGGGAGAUCGUUAAGAGGUAAAUCGGCUAGGAGCAACAUGCAGGCGGACGACAAGUGCAUUCCGCAGCAGAAACAGGAGGGUGUUUCAACGUCGGGCGGAUCGCAACGGAGCGUACCGGACGGAUGGCCGUUCAAGAAGGCAAAGGACUUGAUCGAUGCCCGACAAGCUGUGAAAAUCAAUUUCGAUCCGUCCGCUGAAGAAUACAAUAUGAGGCAUAAAAGAAGAGGAGUGGCGCUUAUAAUAAACCAUGUUAAUUUCAAGAACAUGGCCACGCGAACGGGCUCCAUAAAGGACACCGAAGACCUCAAGGUUUCAUUAGACAAGCUCGGGUUCGACGUUCGAAUUUGUCCGAAAGAUCCGACAGUUAAAACUAUAACCACGAUCUUACAGUCGACCGCUACGGAAGACCACACGGAUGCCGACUGCCUGAUCGUGGUCGCAAUGUCACACGGCGAAUCGGGUCUAUUGCAUUCGACCGACAGCCUGUAUCCAGUCGAUAUGCUGUGGGCUCCCUUCACGGGCGAUCGAUGCUCCAGCCUGGCCGGGAAACCGAAGUUGUUCUUCAUUCAGGCAUGCCGCGGGAUGCAACUGGACAAAGGGGUGAAAGUCAUGCAUGAGACAGAUAGUAAGAGAACUACGUACACUAUACCCGCCUAUGCAGAUAUCAUGGUCGCGUACUCUACUUAUGACGGUUUUUACUCGUGGCGCAAUCCGGACUCGGGCUCCUGGUUCAUACAGGCACUCUGCGAGGAGCUGGAGCUUCACGGGCGCAGCCGCGAUCUACUCAGCCUAAUGACCUUCGUUAACCGUCGUGUCGCCAUCGAGUAUCAAUCCUAUGUGCCGGGGAGUGAAAAAUUCCACGGGAAAAAGCAGAUCCCGUCGAUUGUCUCGAUGUUGACCCGCCUGGUGUACUUCCACGACAAGCACACACCGGACGAUAUCGAUAACGGAUCGAAGGGAAAGGGAACCGAAGUCGAAAAAGUAACGUAAGAGUGGCAAAACACUCGUUCUCGAACAAACUUACGAUGAUGGAUUUUUCGGCAAAAACCGACAGAUUGAUUCCAGUCGAGCUGUUUUGAUACAUCGAACUUUUUGAGAAGUAAUUAUCGAUCGGCGCAACUCAUCGAACACAUUUGGAUUGUUACAAUUGAGUUUCGCAGUCGCUAUAGAGAAUUUAAGAACGUAGUAUGCGAAAAGAAAAAAGAAAAAGAAAAACGUAUUGUUUAUGUAGUUAAAAAUUUUCUGCCUUUCUGUUGUUACUUUAUUAAAAAAGAAAGCGAUAAAUACUCUCAAAUAUAUUUCGGAUAUCUAUUACAAUUAAAAAUGUAUAAUUAAAUACUUUUAA